AUGUCUCUAUGGCGUCUACGUGAAUAUUUCCAACGAGGAGCAGUAUACUAUAAAAGGACAAGUGUUUCUCCCACUGUUUGUAAUGUGUUGGUGGUAGUUUUAUCCCCCAUAUAUUUUCUACAAGACAAGACAACCCAAUACCUUAUACAUUCACAACAUAUAACAAUGGCUGACGCUGGCAGAAAAGACUUUUCCGACAAACUCUCCGAGAAGGUUACUCCGGACUCACAAAAGACAUACUAUGACCAGGCCAAGGAGGCUGUCACUGAUGCCUAUGACAAGGCGGCUUCUGCACUAACUCCAGAAGACAACAAGUCAUUGGGUCAACGUUUAGGCGACUCUGUGCAAAGAGGCCACGACGACGCCAAGGGCGAUGCAAAGAGUGCUGCAAACUCUGGCGAGUCUGCCUUUGACCACCUCAAGCAAGCGACUGCAGAUGCAGUUGAGCGUGUCUCUGCGGCGGUUACCGGUGCCAAGGAGGGAGCAGAAAACAAUGCAAAGAAAUAG